GGUCAAAGAAUUUUUUAUGCGAGGAAAUCAAAAACAAAAGACAACAGAUGAAGAGCGGUCUCCAUGCACUACAGCCUGUGUAGCAACAGCCAGCCAGCCUCCACCCCUCUGUCAUUUUAUUUUUAUGUUUUUUAGCGUCACAUCCCCCUGGCCGGAGGAAUGUAGAGACGGAGAGCUUUAAAAAUAGCAUCCUCUCCUCUGACAGCGCUGCUUUGGUGGCUCCGCAGCACUGUGGUGCGAGAAGCAGGAAUGCGAAGAUGGCUACAGACCUAGGAGAGCUGCUGGUCCCGUACAUGCCCACCAUCAGAGUACCCAGGACAGGAGACAGGGUUUUCAAGAGCGAGUGCGCCUUUUCCUUCGACACCCCUGAGUCAGAGGGAGGUCUGUAUGUGUGUAUGAACACAUUCCUGGGAUUUGGACGAGAACAUGUGGAGAGACAUUAUCGCAAAACAGGGCAGAGUGUUUACAUGCACCUCAAGCGACAUGUCAAGGAGAAAGCCACAGGAGCUGCAGGAGGCGCCAUCCCAAGGCGAAGGAAUGGAAAAGUGUUUUUAGAUUUAGAGCUAAACCGUGAUUUUAACGGCGAGGACUAUGAAUACGAAGACGAGGCCAAGCUCAUCAUUUUUCCAGACCACUUCGAGAUCCCCUUACCAAAUAUCGAGGAGUUGCCUGCUCUGGUGACCAUAGCCUGUGACGCAGUACUAAACGCACCGUCAGCCUAUAAAAAACAGGAGCCUGAAUCCUGGGAGGAGGAGAUCCAGGUAUCCAGACAUGCCAGGAGCCUCAGACAGCUGGAUAAUGGGGUUCGGAUCCCACCCAGUGGCUGGAAGUGUCAGAAGUGUGAGAUGAGAGAGAACCUUUGGCUGAACCUGACAGAUGGAGCGGUGCUCUGUGGGAAGUGGUUCUUUGAUGGGAGCGGAGGAAACGGACACGCUCUGGAGCACUACAGAGAGACCAACUACCCACUGGCUGUUAAACUAGACACUAUCAAACCAGACGGAGCAGAUGUCUACUCAUUUGAGGAGGAGGAGGCUGUGCUGGACCCUCACAUAUCAGAACAUUUGUCACACUUUGGAAUAGACAUGCUACAGAUGCACAAAAGAACAGAAAAUGGUCACCACACAGACAAUAACUCCCGGUCACGGCCCAGUGAGUGGGAGGUAAUCCAGGAGUCGGGCAUGAAGCUGAAAGCAGUGUUUGGUCCUGGUUACACGGGCAUAAAAAACCUGGGAAACAGCAGCUACCUCAGCACAGUGAUGCAGGUCCUCUUCAGCAUCCCAGACUUCCAGAGGAUGUAUGUGGGAAAUCUUCAGAGGAUAUUUGACUAUUCACCUCUAGACCCCAGCCAGGACUUCGCCACACAAAUGGCUAAACUGGGACACGGACUGCUCUCAGGCCAGUACUCCAAACCACCCAUGAAAUCUGAGCUCAUUGAACAGGUGAUGAAAGAAGAACACAAGGUAUUAAACUGGCAGCAGCAGAAAGGCAUCUCUCCCCGGAUGUUGAAGGCCCUGGUGGGCCGGGGACACCCAGAGUUUUCCUCCAACAGACAACAAGAUGCACAAGAGUUCCUCAUGCACAUCAUCAACCUGGUAGAGAGAAACAGUGCAGGCUCAGAGAAUCCAAGUGACGUUUUUCGCUUCCUGGUAGAGGAGCGAAUUCAGUGCUGUCAGACCCGGCGGGUUCGUUACACUCAGCGGGUCGACUACUGCAUCCAGCUGCCAGCUCCCAUUGAAGCAGCCACCAAUCGAGAGGAGCUGUUGGCAUAUGAGGCCAAGCUAAAGGAUGCAGAGGAGAACAUGCGAGCUCCUCCUGAACCGGUUAGAGCACGGAUUCCCUUCACUGCCUGCCUGCAAGCCUUUACAGAGCCCGAGAACGUCCCCGACUUCUGGAGCUCAGCGCUGCAGGCCAAGUCAGCUGGAGUCAAAACUUCCCGUUUCGCCUCCUUCCCAGAGUAUCUGAUUCUGCAGAUCAAGAAAUUCACUUUUGGGGUCGACUGGGUGCCAAAGAAACUAGACUUGGCCAUAGACGUACCAGACUUCCUGGAUCUGAGCCGGAUGCGGGCCACGGGGCUGCAGGCGGGUGAGGAGGAGCUUCCUGACCUCAUGCCUCCCAUCGUGCUCCCUGAAGACACCAGAGAUAACUCCAUGGGCUCCUUGGACUCUCCAGAAAUAGAUGAGGCGGCAGUAAUGCAGCUGGCAGAGAUGGGCUUUCCACUUGAGGCCUGCAGGAAGGCGGUCUACUACACAGGCAACAUGGGCCCUGAGAUGGCCUUUAACUGGAUCAUAGCCCACAUGGAAGAGCCGGACUUUGCUGAACCUCUUACUCUGCCCUCCAUGAUCGAUCCCGGUCCCUCCACCAGUGACAGCCCCAUGGGUGCCACCCCGCUGGGCAACUCGCCCCCUGAGGAGAGCAUCGCCAUCCUCACCUCCAUGGGCUUCCCCCGCAAUCACAGCAUCACAGCACUGAAAGCCACGAACAAUAACCUUGAGCGAGCACUCGACUGGAUCUUCACCCAUCCAGAGGAAGAGGAGACUGACGCCCUCUCAGACAUGGCAGACACAGAGCCGAACGACAACGCUUUCUCAAAUGCAAACUCGCACAGUGACUCCACGCUGUCUCCAGACAGAGACACGUCGGGCCCUCGGAUCAAAGAUGGACCAGGACGUUAUGAGCUGUUUGCUUUUAUUAGCCACAUGGGAGAAUCCACCAUGUCUGGUCAUUUUGUCUGUCACAUCAAAAAGGAGGGAAGGUGGGUGAUCUACAAUGACCACAAAGUAUGUUUGUCAGAAAGGCCUCCAAAAGACUUGGGCUACAUCUACUUUUACCAUCGACUGUCCAGUAGUUAAACUAGAGUCCCCCUCACCCUCCGUGCAACCUUUAAAGAAACAGUCGUUCACCUGCAGACGGCUGGCACACAACCUUAACAACAGCUACAGUGGAAAUGAUGUAAAACAACCUCUCUGACCAGCUGCUUGCCUUACCAUGAUGUCAUUCAGGAUCAACCAGGAGCACUGGUCAAAAAAAGGGAAAGCAAUGUGCUUUUUGUGCAUUUUGUUAUGUUCUGCUUUAAAUGUAUAUAUAUAUAUAUGUGUGUUUGUGUUUAAGAAAAGACAUUUUCUAGCCAGUGUAGGUUCAGAGGGAUGUGUGCAAUUUCUACUUCUGGAGUGCUCUGCACACAAAAUAAUGCCACAUAUCAAAUCACAUUGUUCCUUCUCUAUGCCUUCAGCUACUGUGCCAGUAUCUUCAAAGUGGUACAUUUUCUACAUGUAUAUUGAAAUGGAAGUGCUUCACUGCCAGCCCUGAAAUGCUCUGAAACUGCAACAACAAACAACACAUUACUGUGCUGCGGGUGGCUCUGCAUUCUGCACUGAAAUAAAAAACAUUUCAUUUCAACUCUCAUCCCAAGGAAAUUAAAACAUCCAGAAUAAAAACAUAUUUGUAGCUGAGAGAAAUUAGCAAUAUACUGUGUGCUGAAUGUUUCAGACUGAGAGCACCAUGAAUGAGUGUUGGCUUAGUUUAAAAGACAGUGCUACUAGCUGAAUUAUGGCUCACACCUGCCCCAGUUUUAGUUGAAGAUUGUUAAAUUGAGUCCCUUUUUAAGGAGAAACUUUGAGGUACACUUGCUGAGUUAUCAACAUUGAAGUAUUUUUUCUUCUUUGUAAGCACUUUUUCUCUAAAAUGAGCUCAUAAGAUGCAGUCAAAGUGGACUUUAUUCACCAGCUAUAAGCAAUUGAAUGUUAUUUCUUCAACUUCAGCACUGCUGAACCUGAAAAUCCUUGAAGUGGCCAUUAGUGGAUAUAGAGAUUACAGUAUUACUUACAAGUGAUGCCUAAAUUAAGCAAAGCUGUGCUUAUUUUGAGACCAUAUCAUUAGUGUUCAUAUAGAAGCUCUUCAUCCUGCAGUGAACUUCUUUCAUUAGUUAUAAGUAAUUUCAUUGUUGGCAAAACUUUUUCUCUCACAUGCAGGCAUUUAGUUCAGUUCAUUUCAUUUAUCACUUCAACAGUUUUAAAGUGCAACCCAAAAUUUCAAUAUGAAUGUUUGAUUUGACUUGUUGCUGCUCUUUCCUGGUCCGUUAAUCCAGAUAUGCACCUGAACUGCUGUCAUGUCUAAAGCAAUACAUGCACUACAGCUAUGAAGACUCAGUCUUGUUGUAUGAUAACAGCUGUACAGUGAUGUCUCCUCCAUGUGCAGUGUUCAGUAAAAGACAUGCUGCAGUGCUGAAUGUAACAUUUUACGGUGCUCACUGCAACUUCAAACCUCCUGUUCAGCUUUAAUAGUCAGAAACAAUACUUAAUGUAACGCUGGCCCUCAAUAUCACCUCAUGCUGGAUCACCCUCCGUUUCCGUACCCUUCUCCUUUAUCCAUAUAUUUAUAACAUACUGGACAGAUUAAACAAACAUUAUGAUCUUAUUUAGCUGUGAAUUUAUCACCCACUUACUCUUAACAACAUCUCAGUUGGUUAGUUUUAUUUACAACCUACAUAUGGGGUACAAAAACUGGACUUGACUCUUAUUUUUUCGUUGUGCACUAACUUGUAAAUUUUAAAGAGGAGCUCUGUGUAAAAACAAGACUUAAGAGUAUUUUCUGCAAAUUUCUUGGUAACUUUGGAGUCCUGAUGUUUUUUGAUUCAGAGACCCAUCUUAAUGCAUAUCUAUUUAACAUUAUCCCGGAGAAUAUAUUGAAUUUCUAUGAGUGUCCCUAAAGGUCUGUGUUUCAGCAGUGGCCCCUCUUUGGUAAACACUGUGCCUACAUUUCCCUUAGUUUCAGCUUAUCUCAACAUCUGUCACCUUCAUCACUAACUACUUGAUAAACUGCUGCUUUGUUCAUCUUCUAUGCAGCAGUAACUCUAAAAGAUCUCUCUAUGCAACUCUUAAGUUUCUGCUCUCUUCCUUUUGUUUUUUUGUUAUUAUGGUCAAAUUCCAAAUCCUCCUGUCAGACUGGUCUAAAAUCUGAUCUUCAUCAGAGGUGGAUCAGAGAUAAACCUGUCGCGUUCUUUGAUAAUGUUUAGUUAGAAAUGUCUUGAGAUACUCUGUGCAAUCAUUUUUGCUUUUCUCAGCACCUUUUGUUCCCUGUUCUGAUAGUAUGAUUGUUUUGUAUUGUAUUUGUCUUCUUGUUUUAGCUUUCCCACCAGCUUGGUCUCCAUUCUUUUCCCCCUCUUUGUUCAACCUAACAGUUCAGCUUGUCACAAAGAAAGCUUUUUCGCUGUCAGCAUGUGCACUAGACGUUGACAUUUAGUCAUUUGGAUUGUACAAUUGUACUUUUGUGAGUUUUAUUCUCUUUUAUCAUUUAACUAAAUGUCAGAAAGGUUCUCCUGUUUUUACUCUUUUGCCUUUUUGCAAACAAGUUUGUGCCAAUUCUGUAGUUUUCAUGACAUAGGUUUCUGAAGGAAUUAUUUUAAGUUGACUUUUGUAAUGUAUGCGUUUAUCAAGAAAUGGCUUUGGUGUAUGUGAAGAGAGUCCUGACAGUGCACUCAAUGGCACUGUUUACUUACCAGGUUUGGAUAAUUUAAUAAACUACACCUUUGUUGA